CGUCGUGCGGCGACGCCUGCCCCGGCCAAAGACCCGGCGACAGCGCGUCCUCCUCGGCCUCGUCGUCACCCUCGCCGCCCUCUUUGCCGCCUACGAGCUCAGCACGACCGUCCAGCACGGCGUCAUUGCCGUCGAGCGAUGCACCGUCAUCGCCUGGGCCGUCACGCGCGGCGUCAUGGACUACAAGGCCCUGUUCCGCAAGACGUGGGACGAGACGGACGAGGGUUACGCCCAGCGCCACAACGACUACGAGGAGACGCACCGCAAGGCGGCGACGAGGCUCAUGGAGGCCAUGCGCAAGCUCGGCGGCAUCUACAUCAAGCUCGGCCAACACCUGUCGACGGUCCAGCUCGUGCCGCUCCCGUGGUCGCAGGCGAUGAAGCCGCUCCAGGACCAGUGCUUCCCGACGCCGCUCGAGGCUCUCCAGGAGCUGUUCCUCGCCGAGACGGGCGCGCCCAUGAGCUUCUUCUUCAGCAGCUUCGACCCGGAGCCGAUCGGCGUCGCGAGCCUGGCCCAAGUGCACCGCGCCGUCGACCGCGAGAGCGGCCGCCUCGUGGCCGUCAAGUGCAUGCAUCCCGACAUCGAGGAGUUCUCGGCGAUCGACAUGCGCACCACGACGUUCCUUCUGCGCAUCGUCAAGCGCGUCUUCCCCGAGUUCGAGUUCACGUGGCUCGGCGAGGAGAUGGAGGCCAACCUGCCGCUCGAGAUGGACUUCCGCCACGAGGCGGCAAACGCGGCUCGCUGCGUCAAGGACUUUAGCUCGCUCGAGAAGACGACGUUCGUCAUCCCCGACGUCCUGUGGGCCAAGAAGCGCGUCAUGGUCAUGGAAUUCAUCAAGGGUGCUCGCGUCGACGACCUCGACUACCUCGCUCGCCACAAGAUCGACCGCAACCUCGUCAGCCGCGAGAUCGCCGAGAUCACGUCGCGCAUGAUCUACAUCACCGGCUUCUUCCACGGCGACCUGCAUGCCGGCAACCUCCUUAUCCGCCCCGCACAGCCCAACACGCGCUCGCCGUACAACUUCGAGGUCGUGCUCCUCGACCACGGCCUGUACUUUGACCUGCCGACCGACCUGCGCGUCAACUACGCCCGGUUCUGGCUCUCGCUCAUGGCGCGCCCGUCGCCCGCCGUCGAGCUCGAGCGCCGUCGGUACGCCAAGCUCGUCGCCAACAUCUCGGACGAGGGCUACGUCCUGUUCGUCACGGCCAUCUCGGGUCGGGCGGCGGUUGACGGCGUCGACGCCGACGGGACGGGUCGCCAGAGCAUGCUCGAGAUGGGCGCCAACACGGACGAGGAGAAGAAGAAGGUGCGCAAGGCCAUGGUGCAGCAGGAGGGCCUGCUCCCGCAGCUCUUUGCGCUCUUGCGCACCAUGCCGCGCAAGUUGGUCAUGCUCUUCAAGGUGAACGACCUGAACCGAGCGCUCGACCUCGCGCUGCAGACGACGCACUCGCCCGUCCGCGUCUUCCUCAUCCUCGCCGAGUACUGCAACCUCGCCAUCCGCCUCGACGACCUCGACCACAUGCCGCCGCUCUCGUUCGGCGACCGGCUCUCGUCGUGGUGGCGCUUCCAGAGCUGGAAGUGGACGCUCAAGAUGUGGACGGUCGGCGCCGACGCCAAGUACGCGCUCGAGCGUUGGCGAGGGCGGGCGAGCAAGGAGCUCACGAUCGACUUGUAGCGAGCAGAGACGCAGACAGCGUGUAACUCAGUUUCAUCGCGAUACUCGCGCCGCCCGACCGAGCGCACAGCUACUCAGGGCCGAAGCGCCGCUCGUUCGACCUGGACGGCUCGUGCUGCACCUCGUCUGCCGAGGCCCUCCUGCGCCUGUGCU